CUCAGUAAUCCAUGCACUUCGCAAAACUAACACGAAAUUCAGAGUGACUGAGAAACGUAGAGAGAAAUGGAGACAAAAACAAAACAAAGCAUAGAGCAAUUCAAAGGACAAACAAGGCUACCAAAAUUUGCAAUCCCAACAAGUUAUGAUCUUUAUCUCAAACUUGAUCUCACAGCAUGCACUUUUUCUGGUACAGUACAAGUCAACCUUAACAUCAUCGAACACACUAAGUUCCUUGUCCUAAAUGUUCUCGAACUUGAUGUACAUCAAGUCUGGUUCACCAACUCCAAUCACCAAACAUAUAAGCCUUGCGAUGUUGUUGUUUUGGAUGGUGAAGAUGAGAUACUGGUGCUGGGGUUUGAUGAAGUGCUUAGUGUUGGUGAUGGGGUUUUGGGGAUUGAGUUUUCUGGAGCCCUUAACCCACACUUGAAGGGUCUCUAUAAAUGUACUUAUGUGGAUGGGGGAGUGAAGAAGAAUAUGGCAGUUACUCAGUUUGAAGCUGUGGAUGCAAGGCGUUGCUUUCCUUGCUGGGAUGAACCUGCCCUUAAGGCCACCUUCAAGAUCAGGAUAGACGUGCCCUCAGAGUUGACAGCAUUGUCUAAUAUGCCAAUUGCUGAUGAAAGGCUUAAUGAAAAUAUUAAGACUGUUUAUUUUGAGGAAUCUCCGGUCAUGUCAACUUAUUUGGUGGGUGUUGUUGUUGGGGUAUUUGAUCAUAUUGAAGAAACAACAGCUGAUGGGAUCAAGGUUCGUGUAUAUUGUCCUGUUGGAAAGAGUGAUAAGGGGAAGUUUGCUUUAAAUCUUGCUGUGAAGGCGCUUGACAUAUUUACUAGGUACUUCUCAACUCCUUAUCCACUUCCAAAACUGGAUAUGGUUGCAGUCCCUGAAUUUUCUGCAGGAGCUAUGGAGAAUUAUGGUUUGAUCACAUAUCGUGAAAAUUUACUACUUUACGAUGAUUUGCUUUCAUCAGCUAACAUGAAGCAGUUUCUCACGAUUGCUGUAUCACAUGAAGUAGCCCAUCAUUGGUUUGGCAAUCUGGUAACAAUGGAAUGGUGGAGUCAUUUAUGGCUGAAUGAGGGAUUUGCAACCUGGAUAAGUUAUAUGGCCACUGACAUCAUAUUUCCUGAGUGGAAAAUAUGGACUCAGUUUCUUCGACAAACAGCUGAUGGCUUACAUAUGGAUGCAAUGGAACAGUCACAUCCUAUUGAGGUGGAGGUACAUCAUGCUCGUUCAAUAGAGGAAAUAUUUGAUGAUAUCAGCUACAAAAAGGGAUCUGCUGUUAUUCGAAUGUUGCAGGGUUAUCUUGGCGAUGACAUGUUCCAGAAAUCCUUAAGUUUAUACAUAAAAAGAUAUGCUGGGAAAAAUGCAAAGACAGAAGAUUUAUGGUGCGUUCUUUCAGAGGAAUCUGGUCUUCAAAUCAACUCAAUGAUGGAUGAUUGGACGAAGAAAAAUGGAUAUCCAGUUAUCUCUGUAAAAUCCAAAGAUGAUAUUUUGGAAUUUGAACAGUCACAAUUCUUGUCGUCUGGUUUGUGUGGUGGCGGACUAUGGAUUGUUCCAAUAACAGUAUCCAUUGGCUCAUACAUCAAAUGCAAGACUUUCCUUUUGGAAAAAAAGUCUCAAAAACUGGAUAUAUCUGAACUGGUUCAGUCUCCCCACCAAAACAAAAGCACAUUUAACGAAAAGAAUGAAGAGAAAUGUGAUGAACAUUUCUGGGUCAAAGUUAAUAUUGAGCAGAGUGGUUUCUACAGGGUAAAAUAUGAAGAUAAGCUUGCAGCUCGACUGAGGAAAGCCAUAGAGAGUAAUUGCUUGUCAGCAACAGAUAAAUUUGGCGUUUUGGAUGACACAUAUGCUCUUUGUGUGGCUUGCGAGCAACCACUGUCAUCAUUAAUUUCCUUGAUGGAUGUAUACAGAAAAGAGCUCGAUUUUAUUGUGUUAUCGAAACUCAUUAAUGUAUGUUAUAAAGUUGUUGAGAUCUCUGGUGAUGCCAUCCCAGAUUUAGUGAAUGACUUGAAACAAUUUUUCAUCAAUCUCCUUCUGUUUUCCUCAGAAAAAUCAGGAUGGGAAUCAAUACCUGGAGAGAGUCAUUUAAAUGCACUAUUGAGAGGAGAAGUCUUUCUGGCCUUGGUUACUUUUGGCCAUGAUAAAACUAACAAAGAAGCAGUCCAGAGGUUUCAGGCAUUACUGAAUGAUCGAAAUACUCCUCUUCUGUCAGCUGACACUAGAAAGGCUGCUUACAUUGCUGUAUUGCUGAACACUAGCACCACGAAUAGGAAUGGGUUUGUGUCCCUACUGAAGCUCUAUAGAGAAGCAGAUACAGUGCAAGAGAAAGAACCACUUUUACGUUGUAUUGCAUCAUGUCCAGACCCAAAUAUAGUUCUUGAGGCUCUGAAUUUUAUGUUGUCUGAGGAGGUUCGAGAUCAAGAUAUUCUUUAUGUGCUUGCUGGACUAAGAUCUGAAGGGCGUGAGGUAGCGUGGAGAUGGUUGAAGGAGAAUUGGGACUUGAUCUUUAGCAAAUAUGGUGCGAUUCUACUCCACCAGUUCAUUACCUACAUUCUCACUUUGUUUUGCAGCAAUGAAAAGGCUGAGGAGAUAGAAGAAUUUUUUGUCAGCCGAGUGCAUCGUUCUUUUACUAGGAAUUUGAAGCAAAGCAUCGAGGAAAUCCGACUCAAAGCAAGGUGGGUUGAGAACAUAAGGCAGGAGCAAUCUCUACCAGAACUAGUCAAACAAUUGGCUCUCAAGAAAUGAAAGCCUUCAAUUUGAUUCCAAAACUAUAUUGUGAUUAUGUUAAGACUGAUGAGCUACAUACACUGCAUACUCCACAAAUUGUGUUCUAUAUGUAUGGUGUAUUGAUGUUAUUCAAGUCAACUUAAUAUACCAUGAACAGGUUCCAACCUGGCAUCAUUAUCCUAAGGCAAGUCAGUUGAGUCA